AUGGCUUGCCCAGUCAUAUUACAGACUCUACUCCUCUCAUUGGCUUUCGCUUCCCCAACUCAUACAGCCUUGUCUAAUUCCUAUCCUGAUAUCCCAAAUGACCCCGUCAUCACACCUUCACCAGUGCAGCGAAUACCGUCUCAAAUCAUUGAACGAAAUAUCCUAAGUGAUGUUGACUCAGACAUCAACAGCAUCGUUUCGGGUCUCGGUUCUGACAUACCAUCGUGGGUCGCAUCAGGAGUUCCCAACUUCUUCCAGGGAUUCCCAACCGGAGAGGCGGUCGUCAGCUCUCUUGGCCUAAAUAGCGCGGAACUGGCAGCGUUACCAACAAAUGUGUUGAAUAUCGACCCAUACGCCAACUGGACAAACUCAGGAUGGAACGUCCGCUUCCACGGAAACGUUUAUAAACAACCAAAUACAUCCGUCUCGGACUUGAACAAAUUAGCCAAUGUCUUCCUUGUGAAUACUAGCAUCUCGGAUCUUCCCGAAUCUCAACAAGAUCAGGCCCGUAAUUUGACUGCGGAGAUUUUCAUUGUCCAGCAAUCCAAUGUUGCUGUGGACACUAUCCAUAUUGAGCCCGCCCUAAGUCAAGGGUCUAGUGGACAGUCUGGUGGUGGAGGAUCAUCGAACACCACAGGAGGGACCCAGAACAUCAGCUUGCCAUCUAACACAACAGUGGAAGGUGAUUUCGACACAUUUGUUACAAUUGAUAGCAAUGGCCUAGACGCGGGAAAUGAGACUUCGGCGAUCCAACGAUUAAACACUUAUGUCGAUGGCGCAACUAUUGGCAAUGGAACCGCGUAUCUUGUGCCUCCAACGGGACUUACCGUUGUUUCAGAUAUCGAUGACAUUCUGCGAGUCACUAAGAUCUACGAGCCGGAGCAGGGGCUGCUGAAUUCAUUUGCGCGCCCUUUCACAGCCUGGGAGAAUAUGCCCGACAUUUAUCGCAAUUGGUCAACCAGUCUUCCCAACAUGCAUUUCCACUAUCUUACUACUACCCCCGAGCAAAUCACCCGAAACUACAUGCAAUUCAUCUACGACAACUACCCUGGCGGGUCCUUCGAUACUCGCCCUCUUAACUUCAGCGAUGUCUCCGCUACUCUAUCAAUCCGCAAGUUCUUGCUGCAAAAAGUCUUCGAAACCUUCCCAGACCGCAAAUUCAUCCUUAUCGCGGAUACAAGCAACAGCGAUGUCAUGCGUGACUACCCAGAAAUGGCAACUGAUUUCCCUGGUCAAGUGCAGUGUAUAUUCCUCCGCAACACCUCUGCGACGGAUCCAGGCGACAAAUUUCCGUAUGAUACGUCUGGGUUCAAGAGCUUGAAUCAGUCCAAUUACAUGUUCUUCUUGAACCCGAAUGAUCUUACAAACUUGGAUAUUGCAAAUGGAGAGUGCUACAACCAGUCUAUUGCUCAAAACUUGACCUUUGGUUACCAGGGUUUACCAGGAGCAAGUACUUCUGCGGUGAAUGGGUCUGCAAAUCAUACCGGGGCCGCUAGUGGAUCAUUGACCAAGGGGUCUACUGGGCUGCAGAGCUUGAUUCCAUUGGUCAUUGCUUUAUUCUUGGGCAUAUUUAUGAUGUAG